UCUCGGACCCUCAGCUGUUCUGUUGACUGUCUCUCAAUCACCAUGCGUGAAAUUGUACAUCUGCAAAUUGGACAAUGUGGCAACCAGAUCGGCUCCAAGUUCUGGGAGGUUAUCAGUGAAGAACAUGGGAUAAAUGCAAUAGGCCUCUACGAAGGAGACAACAACAUACAACUGGAGAGGCUCAACGUCUACUUUAAUGAGGCACACGGUGGUAAAUAUGUCCCCAGGGCAUUGCUUGUGGACCUGGAGCCCGGCACUAUGGACAGUGUCAGAGGAAGUCGCAUCGGUGCUCUUUUUAGACCAGACAAUUUCAUCCACGGAAACUCAGGAGCUGGAAACAACUGGGCAAAGGGCCACUACACAGAGGGAGCGGAGCUGGUGGAGCAUGUCAUGGAUCGGGUCAGGAACGAGAGUGAAAGCUGUGAUUGCCUCCAAGGCUUUCAGCUGGUUCACUCGCUGGGGGGAGGCACAGGCUCCGGCAUGGGUACCCUCCUCAUCAAUAAGAUCAGAGAGGACUACCCAGACCGUAUCAUGAAUACCUUUAGCAUCAUGCCAUCUCCUAAAGUCUCAGACACAGUGGUGGAGCCUUAUAAUGCUACACUCUCUGUGCAUCAGCUCUUAGAGAACACAGACGAGACUUUCUGCAUUGACAACGAGGCCCUUUACGACAUCUGUUUCCGUACCCUAAAACUGACUACACCAACUUAUGGGGAUCUCAACCACUUGGUCUCCUUGACUAUGAGCGGGGUCACAACCUCUCUCAGAUUUCCAGGACAGCUCAAUGCUGACCUGAGGAAGCUGGCUGUUAACAUGGUGCCCUUCCCCCGUCUUCAUUUCUUCAUGCCAGGCUUCGCCCCACUGACACCUCGGGGUAGCCAGCAAUACAGAGCUCUCACUGUACCUGAACUUACCCAGCAGAUGUUUGAUGCCCGCAACAUGAUGACGGCAUGCGACCCACGGCGAGGGCGCUACCUCACAGUAGCUGGUGUCUUUCGAGGUAGGAUGUCCACAAAAGAGGUGGAUGAGCAGAUGCUCGCAAUGCAACAGAAAAACAGUGCCUAUUUUGUCGACUGGAUCCCUCAUAAUGUAAAGGUGGCUGUGUGUGACAUCCCACCUCGAGGUCUAAAAAUGGCUUCCACAUUCAUUGGAAACAACACAGCAAUUCAGGAGAUAUUCCGUCGGGUGGGCGAGCAGUUCUCCCUCAUGUUCAGACGGAAGGCGUUCCUCCACUGGUACACAGGAGAGGGUAUGGAUGAAAUGGAGUUCACAGAGGCUGAGAAUAACCUCAACGACCUGGUGGCAGAGUACCAGCAGUACCAAGAUGCAACUGCUGAUCUAGAUUGGGAAGCAGAAGAAGAAGAAGAAGAGGAAGGACCCUCGACUGCAAGGAUCACAAAGGUUCAGUCUCGGACGGAAACCAAACUGGAAACAGUGGUAGAAACCAACAAAGAAACUGUAGAUGAGUAGUGUGGAUGAGGUAUACAGCUUCACACAGAAGGACUCUUUGGGCAAGAAUUGAGAUGAUGUACAUAUAGUGAAUUUCUUUGAAAAAAUUUUUUUAUUUUAAACUGUUUUACAAGUAUUUUUUAUUAAUUUUAUUUUUAUUUUCUCCUUUUACUGGAUUCAAGGCUUUGAUGACUAUGUUUGGGGCUUUUGAUCUUUUGAAAAAAUCUUUCAGCAGUUAUUUGAAAUAGAUAUCUUAGACAUGUAACGCCAACAGCACACCCAUGACUAACUAGGCAGAUUUGCCUUUUUGAUGACCUGUGAAUGCUUCAGAUGUAUAUAGAAGGUGAUUUAAAGGAGGCUUCUGUCAGGGAAUCUAAGCCCAGGCUUCUCCAGAAGACAAAUGGGUCAUAGUAUUAAAAAAUAUAAUCACAAGAUUGACUAAUAGAGGACUAAUAGACAAACAUGACAAUUAGCCACAGUUGUAAGCAUGCAAUUUCAAGCUAUGUUUACAUUUACUUCUACUUCUACUUCUUGCUAGCCAGGAAGUAGCACAUAGAUUUUUUUUGUUUGUUUUUGCAUAUUUGUUCUAAGAUUUAACAAGUCAUUUUA